CCAUUAAUAAUUCGUUAAUCGUCGACCACGAAGUGGAGCGUGCAGAAUGCCGAAAUGCGAUGUGAGGGCGAGAUAUCUACCAGCCACGUUCGCCUGGACAGUCUUACUCAGCACCACGACACUGUUCUUCUGUUUUCCAUGCCAGUAUUAUGUGUUCCAAUGGGGAACGUGGGUACCUGCGCUUCAAGGAGUCAUCACCUUUUUCGUAUUGGCAAACUUUACGCUAGCAACCUUCAUGGAUCCAGGCGUCAUACCAAAAGCGACUUCCGACGAAGAUCGAGACGACGAUUUUCGUGCUCCCUUGUAUAAAAGCGUAGAAAUCAAUGGUAUUACGGUUCGCAUGAAAUGGUGCGUUACAUGCAAGUUCUACAGACCUCCUCGUUGUUCGCAUUGCAGCGUUUGUAAUCAAUGCAUUGAGACUUUCGAUCAUCACUGCCCUUGGGUGAACAACUGCAUCGGUAGGAGGAACUACAGAUUCUUUUUUUUCUUUCUCUUGUCACUCAGUUUCCACAUGCUCAGUAUAUUCGGACUUUGCCUGUAUUUUGUAUUGGAGCGCAAACAACGGCUGGGUGAAGUGGACACAAUUGUCGCACUCGUACUCAUGGGUGUGGUUAUACUCUUGUUCAUUCCAAUUUUUGGACUGACCGUCUUUCACGCAAUACUUGUUUGCAGAGGACGUACAACAAAUGAACAGGUAACGGGUAAAUUUAACGGCGGCUACAAUCCUUUUUCCCGUGGUUGCUUUCACAAUUGCUGUUAUACGCAAUUUGGACCACAAUACCCCAGUUUUAUUAAGCCUGAAAAGUAUUCAGGGAAACGACGCGGAGCUUGUACAUCUGAGAUAUCGACUAUAGGCAGUGAGAACCAGGUAAAAACCUACAUGGAUAGCAGCAAUGGUGUUAGAAAUGCCAGUUCAAAUGCUUACAAUAAGUUGUCUCCUGGACGAGAUGGAUCUGAUACAGACAUGGAACCCACCGCGUCUCAGUCCGCGGAUUGCGAACCCACACCUCCGCUACAAAGACAUGGUUCCAAAAGCAAUUUCUUCCUGCCACCUGUGGAGAACAGUGAAUCUCCCAGGCACCCACCACCGUCGCAACACCGCCAUCCAAUACCAUACACCAGAGGCAGCCCUCAUCCAAGGCCAAGGUACGUUGUCACUACCUAUAGGGGUAUGAACGACUCACGAAGCCACACGCCCGACCCUUUAUCACCGGAAGUGAGCAACUCGGCCGUCACAGCUUCCCAAAGAGGUCAAGGUCAAGGGGGUGCUAGUCCAACAACACAACGGAUUAAAGCUAUUGGGGUACCGACUCCACUUGCCAUUUCCAGUCCUAUGCGCAGAUCGAAUCCAGGUACGCCGACGCAGGUCCGUCGGCCCGAUUUUAUAGGAGUGAACGACGCGCCGACUUACUAUGAUGUACAGCAGGGAAAUAAUCACGGUGUCGGCGCUGCUAGCGGCGCCGUAAUCACCGGUUACAGCCCUCAGCGGCGUUUCCUGUCGGAAAGCGAGCUGAUACGACAGGGUGUCGACCAGUCGUAUUCGAGAACGAACAACACUGUUGACAACAUUCGCGAGCUGGCCGGCUCGCCGCAGCGUGGCGUCUACAUGUGGAAGGACAACUCGCCAGGCAGCUACCCCGUCCCCCCAGGGCAGACUAACGCCACGACGCACCAGUCGCCUUCGCAGAGACCACCGCCGUACGACUACUACCGUUCCAAUCCCACUAGUCCUACGCAACAGUUGUACGCGAAUUCGCCUAGGCCAGCGUAUCAUCCGGCCAUGAGAGGCGGCGUAGCGGUCUUCCCACCUCAUCAGUCGCCCCAAGUGAAACGAAAAGCCGCAAUGGUGACGCCUACCACGCCUACGUCGGGUGACGCUCGACGCAGACCCAUGUCCUUUGUCAGAGCACUCGAGAUGACAGACUCCAUGGAGAUGGUGUCUGCGCCAAACGACAAUAGAUUGCAGCGGCCCACCACACCCACGCCGGAUCGGACCAGUGUCUACGACAUGAACUAUGAGAUAUCCGUAUAGCCCAGCUUUACGGUCUCCGCGCCAUCCUGCGGCUGGACGGAGAUUGUACAAGAAAUGCCGACACUACGCAUCUCCCGCUCCAACGAGGAAAGAACAGCGUACGCCGCUUACGAGAUAUCCGUCUGAAUUCGUGUACGAUCGACGGUACAAACAAGGGGUGUCGCAUUUAAAUCGUUCCUCUCGAACGUCUCUUAGAACUAAAUGUUAUGCGAAAGAUAAAGUAAAUUCUUCCUCUAUCUUCUGCAAAUAUGUCCGUCUCAUUUUCAUUUGCUAAGUUUCUUCUCAUGUAUCUAUCUCAUUUUCACGUGCUAAGUUUCUUUUCAAACAAGAAUUAAAUGGUUUUGAAAGGGAACGUACUUCGAUGCGUGUUCUUUCUUAGGUGAAGACGUACAGAAGAUGCAAAGAUCAACUUCUUUUUUUAUGAAUAGAAUUACUAGUAUUUUUGGGUGGAAUUCGAUAUAAUAAUGAAUUCUAGGAAUAAAAGUAAUAGUGUAUUUGUAUCUCCUUUACAUGUCCACCUAGGAAAAGCUACUCGCAUGAAAUUGUAUCUCCCUUCAAAAUCAUUUGACUUUCGUUUAAAACAUUUGCCAGUGUUGUCAACAGUUUUGGAGACAUUCGUGGGGAACGAUUGAAAUAGGAUACUCUGUACAGUGACUUCGGAGAAACUGCGGGGUGUUGAGAUAAUAGCGCCCUCGACUGCAGAGUGUCAGCAAUUCAGGACCGAUUUUGGGGGGUUUUCUUUUGAGUGCUGGAACUGCAAAGACCUGGCCACCUCACGGUGGAAUGGUCAUGCGAGUGUUAAAAACAGAAAGACAUACUACUGCACACUCUACAGAACCAUUUUUUAAGAAAAACAUUUAUCCUUAAACAGAACAGAGUUCCGUGACAGAAAAACAGAAAUGAACCUAACCUAGAUCCAAUACGUACGGUCCUGUAGCGAAUAGAGUGCCACUCCGCUGAGAAAAACCUAUGAGGUCAACCCUCUUGAAAUUGAGCUAAUAAGAUCAUUAUAUUUGUACCGUCGACUAUACGAUGCUUCAAACCUGAGCGUUCCGAUGCAGCUAGACGUUCCACGUCGAAACGAUACUAAUCCGGCUGUGGUAUCGUCAAGUUCUUCCGGUCCAAAUGCUGAUCCACGUUAUACAUAUAUAUCCAGGGUGUAUACUGAUGGUUUAUCAAAGUGUACAUAUAGUAUUCAUACAAGGAAACAAAGAAGUAUUAGUGAAUAUAGGUCUAGAAGUCAACAAUCUUCAAGUUAAGAAGAAGAAUUCAAUUUCGUCUAACGUUAGUCACCCUAAAACAUCGUUCACCUUCACAGUCAAGACCAUAAGAAGCUUCUUAUAUGAGUUACUUGGUCGCUCAGUCCCUCCAUGUCAGUUGGUUCCUUCGAUUCGUCUCUUCCAGAGAUGAAUGAACAUAAAGGAAAAUAGAUAACUUAUUUUUUAUUAGUUUUAUGAGUGCUAUACGAGUUGCAAAGCAAAGACACUUGGAAGAUCUACCGAUACGAAAUACAAUCUGUUCUAACUCAUAAAUUGUUGAUUCCCAGACUCACGUUUACUAACGCUUAUUUUUCUUAUUUCCAUGAGUACUAUAUGUAUCCAAAACUUGCUCCACUAGUUUUGAAACACCCUGUACUCUGUAAAGAUCAUGUUAAACGAUGCUGACGUUUCCCCGAAGGGGAGGACAUCGACGUGUAAAAGUUGUUUGUCCUCGUUAUAGACAAUGAUAUGUUCGAAUGUAUCCAAUGUGGAAUUGUAAACGAUAGGUGAUCGUCCGCGGGCAAACCGGGAUAUCAGUGUCCAAUUAUUUUCCAUAGCGAGUCGCUGACACGGAAAAUAUAUUUAGGUCUUGAUUCGCGUUGAACGAGUGGAAAACGGGAACGUGUAGUUUUCAGUUCAACGCCGAGUCUGUCGUCGGCGCAAGACUGUCGUGUCAUGUUAUUAGGAAUAUUAUUUCGUUUAGACGGUAUUUAAAAAGAGAAACGUUCGAUUCGGUGUGUAUCUGGCUCAGAAAAGUUGUGAUGCCAUAUUCGCGUUACGACAACUUCCACCAGCGGAGAAAUGACCAACCGCUGGUGCUAAUAUAAAAUGGAUGCGCAGGAGAGUAUUCGCCGUCGACUGCUAUGAAAUUGAAUGUGAUCAAAUUAUUUGAACAGUCUACAAAUGAUGAAUACUUUGUUAAUUUGAAUUCCAUUCCAACUUAAACGUAACAAAAUUACGUAACAAAAUUAAAAUUAGUACACAGGUAGUCAGUGCGAGGAUUAUUAUUUAGAAUAAUAUUAUUAUUUGUUAUUAAUUGUUACUUAUUAUAAUUAUAUUUUAUAAUGAUGUUAUUCUAAAUAUUAUUCAAUCUUUACUUUGAUCAAAUCACGUCUAAUGCCGCUAUCAACGAGAAUAGUGUUACUCUGAGAAUCCCUUACUAUGGUGUUACUCCUGUGACAUCACAACUGUUUUGUUUCCUGAUGCACACGAGAUAAAACGUGUCCACGUAUCAGAGAUGGGCAAAGUUUUAUUCGGAUAAUAGUUGACCAAUUGAAACAAUGUAUAGUGAUUGAGCAUUUACUGUAACAAAUUUUUCUUCGUUCGACACGAUAUACAUAAUUCUAUUCAGCAACGAAUAAAGUUCUUAAUCUUUUAUUCAUUAUUCGGGAUUUUUAUGUAAGUAAGGAAUUUUGCCCAUUUCCGUUAGCUCAAUUCAAACGAAGCAUGUUUCCCUGUAUAAUUCCUUGCAAACCAGGUUGUGUACUCUCAGGCAUGGUUUUUACUGAACAAAACUGUUAUAAAUCACAUGGGACAUUGGAGAUAUCUAAAACAUAUUGCAUGGGAAUAAUACCAUGAAAACCAUGCACGGAAGUAUUGCAUGGACCUGCGUGGAAUCCUGCUUGAAAACAUGCUACAUGUAGAACAGGCUUUCUGUAUCUCUGAGGGGGGCGGCGAGGGGUAAUAGAGACGUUCGGACCGAUUGACGACCGAAGUAAUCGAGUCACGAAAUCGUCAACGAAAGUAAAACCGAACGCGUAGAGGUACAAUCGCUGAGCAGCACUCUUGCUGCCGAUGAUUAUAAAGAAUCGAGCUUGUCUCGCUUGGCGGUAAAACAAUUAUAUUUUUUAGUACACAGUAAGGUCAGUUUAGAUUUUUAUACCGUGACGUCGUGACUCAAUUUCUAGAAGCGCAGCAUAUCGGUUCAUUGUACCGUUUCCUUUCGUUCUUUUUUCUCUUUUCUUUCGCUCUUUAUAAAAACGCAUUAUUUGACGUGUAACAAAGUACAUAGCGAUUAUUCUUGCGUGAAUCUCGCGACUCGAUUCUGAUCGCAACGGCGGUUCCGUCUUCUUUCGAUUCUUUUUUUAUAUCUUUUUUUUUUUGUAGAAGGAAAGGAGCGAACCGACAGGAUCAAAAUCGAGUCUCGCCAUUGGGUAUACAUAGUCUCCUAUCUUCGUUGAUGCGAGAAGAGUUCGUGUCCAGUUAACAAACCACAACAAAAAAAAAAAAGAAGUUACUUAAUCGAUUUAAGUCAUUAUCAGGAUAGAAUAACGAAUUCUGUGUAAAAUAAUCGUGAAAUGUGUAGCAAAUUUUUAAUAUACAUAUAUAUUUAACAAUAUUUAUACAUAAAUAAUAAAUAUAAGACUUUACAAUGA